CUCGAACUUCAGAGCAUUGCUCGCGCUGGCUUGCUUCCCUGUCCUACACCACGAACAAAACAUCGCUCCACCCUCUUGCGAGCCUUUCGACCUGUCGCGUUGCUGCAGACCGCCAUGUCGGGCAAAUACGCUUUCACAAAGGGGCUGAAGGAGCUGCGCUUCCUGCACUGCCAGACGAGCGAGCACAGCAAUGCCAUCAGAUCAUUCCUUACCCGCGCAUACCCCACGAUGAAGAAGAACAACCCAUACAUCCCCAUCAUGAUCCGAGAAGCGAGCGGCGUCGAGCCGAGAGUAUACGCGAGAUACGAGUAUGGACGAGAGAAGAUGGCGGAUUUGAAGGGGCUGGACGACAAGGCGAUCGAGGAGAAGGUCACGAGUUUGGUGAAGGAUGGGCAAUAGCAUAGGAAGAAGACAUCUAGAUCAGAGUACAAAUCUCCACGUGUAUCAUAGCGAUUCGAGGUGCAAACUU